AUGAACCCGAAUAAUGAGGCUCCCGCUGGGGAUACGACUCAUUUAACCGAUCCUAAGAUCCAAUCUCGACUGCGCAAGGUUGCCGAUUUCCAAGUCCUUCCUCUGCUCUUGAUCGCGUUCGCUAGCUACCAGCUAGAUCGAACCAACAUUUCCAGUGCACUGACUGGCGGAUUUGCUUCUGCAAUUUCAGUCAAUCAAAACACUGUCAAUAUCGGCAAUCAACUUAUGUUCUUGGGUGUGAUUGUUCUAGAAAUACCCUCAAAUGUCAUAUUACACCGGAUCGGUCCUCGCUAUUGGAUUGGGGGUCAAGUUCUGAUAUUUGGAUUCAUCGCCGCACUACAAGUCUUUAUUCGUAAUCGCACUGGCUUCCUUGUCACGAGGUCUAUUCUUGGUCUUGCGGAAGCCGGAUUUAUCCCCGGGGCUAUGUUUACGUUAUCUCAAUGGUAUACCAGAGAGGAAAUCACGCGACGGAUCGCAAUCUUCUUUUUCGGCAUGUUUGGAGGCACGGCUGUGGGACCGCUCCUGGGCGCUGGUUUGCUCACAUUGGACGGCAAGGGGAAUCUUUCUGGAUGGCAGUGGAUAUUUUUGGGUGAGAUGGAUCGAUCAGUCACCGUAUUGAUUCUGAUGGAGGGAAUCUGGACGAUCACCGUUUCAUUCACGCUGCUGUUAUUUCUCCCCGAGAGAAAUAGCUACGAACAACCCCUCGAGUCCGAGAAAGCGCCAGAGGGAAUCGAUUGCGCACCGAAAAAUCUAUCCGGAUCGAAGAUUCCACUGAAGGUCAUCGUCGAAACUCUGACAAACGUCAGUAAAUGGCCGCACUUUCUGGCAACAGCGUGCGUUUUCGCGACCUGGAGUCCAUUGACUACUUACACCCCGAGCAUAAUAAUGUCCCUUGGCUUUUCACGAGUGCAGUCGAACGCUUUGACCGCGAUUGGAAAUAUGAUGACUUUGCCAGUCGUCUUUUUUUUCGCGUGGCUCAGUGACAAAACUUGCAGACGGGGAAUGACAGUGAUGAUCGCCAUUAUGGUAUACCUAAUCGCACUUAUUUGUUUAAGGAUUAUCCAGCCACAUGUCCAUGUCUGGAGCAAAUUCGGUCUUUGGACGACUGUGAAUGCUCUCGCGGUUGGUUAUCAUCCCAUCCAUAAUGCCUGGAUACAAAUGAAUAGCAGAAGUCCGGAGGAGAGAAGUAUUGAAGUGGCUACUAAUGAAUUAGUCGUCAUGUGCGCAACUGCCGGAUUAAUGGCUGGUACACAGAUCUUCCGCCAGGAGGAUUCUGAAGGAUUCUAUCCCAAUGGGCUAUUAAUAAUGAUUGGGCUAGUCCUCAUGGGGCUCAUUCUAACCGCCCUGCAGGAAGUCAUAUAUUAUGUGCAGAAUAGCCGGGUAGAAAAAGAGGCCAGGCUUACAGUGCUAAAUAUUUUAUGA